AUGUCUAACCCUAUUGUCUUCUUCGAAGUCGCCAUCAACGGCGCCCCCCAGGGCCGCAUCGUUUUCGAGCUCUUCUCCGAUGUCGUCCCCAAGACUGCUGAGAACUUCCGCGCCCUUUGCACCGGUGAGAGGGGAUUCGGCUACCGGGGAAGCUCGUUCCACCGCGUGAUUCCGGGUUUCAUGCUGCAGGGCGGUGAUUUCACACGGGGAGACGGCACCGGCGGUCGAUCCAUCUACGGCGAAACAUUCCCCGACGAGAACUUUGCCUUGAAGCACGAUACCCCCGGUCUUCUCUCCAUGGCCAACGCGGGCCCCGGCACUAAUGGCUCCCAAUUCUUCAUCACCACCGUUGUCACCGAUUGGCUCGACGGUGCCCACGUUGUCUUUGGACGUGUUGUCGAGGGCAUGAACCUCGUUAAGGCGAUUGAGGCCCUUGGAAGCGGCUCAGGCACUCCCCGCGGCAAAAUCCAGAUUAUCGAGUCUGGUCAGCUGCAAUGA